CCCUAAAAUCCCACUACCUUGCAUCAAGAUUGCAAUUUUCCCUUCUCAGUGUUCUUUCACAUUUCUUGUCUGUUCUUCACAAGUAUCUUGAGACAUAUUCAGGAUGGGUAAUAACCUCAUUUCUCAGAAAGCUUGACUGACUUUGCCGAAGGUCAAAGGCAUGGUGGACAACUGAACUGGGAUGAGGACUGGGUCUUCUGACUCUGGCUUAAUAUUCUUCCCACUCUACCCCCAUGCCAGCCUUUUGUAUUGUGCCCAGGGAUAUGUUGAUGCUUACCAAUUCCUCUUGCAGAUAUCCUUCCUCCUUAUCAUUUGUCUGAUCAACCACAGGUCAAGAUCAGUCAAUCAAACUGGGGGUUACAGCUGCUAAGUUGCCUUUUGUCCUCACUUAUAUUUUUCAAGCCCCUUGCAUGCUUCUCCCCUCCAUAGGUUACAGCACUGAGAAUGCGUAAUGCAGUCCCUACUCCUGAGGGGGUUUAUAAUCCAGAGGCUGCAAACUUAAAAUGCCUCCAGGGACCAGGUGCCAUUGGUGGCAUGCCCAAGCCCAAAACUGGAAGAAGAAUAAAUUACAAGCAGUCAAGUCUGCCUCCUUUUGAGCCCAGGACUUGCUAGUGAGCUGAGAGAGCUCUCCGGUCCCAGUCCAGCCAAGCACCAUGGAGAGAAUCAGCUCCUUCUUCAGCGCUAUCUGGGAUACCAUCUCGACCAAGCACCAAGAGGGCUUAUUCAACACCAUCUGCCUGGGGGUCCUCCUGGGGCUGCCAGUAUUGGUGAUUAUCACGCUCCUCUUCAUCUGCUGCCAUUGCUGCUGGAGCCGACAGGGCAAGAGUGGCCAACAGCCAGAGCGAAACAAGAGGAAGAAGAAGAAGAAGAAGGAUGAAGAGGACCUCUGGAUCUCUGCUCAGCCCAAGCUUCUCCAGAUGGAGAAGAGGCCGUCACUGCCUGUCUAGUUAGGCAGGAAGUAGAGGUGUCCCCUCUCUGGGGCUAAGCCUCUUCCAGCCACACACAGACUAAGAAGCAGGAAUCCCUGAAGUGGCACACUCAUGUGCACAGAGUAACUACUCAACAAGGAACAAACCUCAGACUCAGUGUCCUGGUUUAGGGCACUCCCAGGGAGCACAUGGAUGAUUCUUGGGCGCUGUCUGGGCAGCUGUGUGUCCAAUAGCGGUGCUCUCACUGCAGACCCAGGCACCUUCCACCUAUCUCUGGCAUACCCCAUAUGCAAAAGCACAAAGAACAUUUAUCCAGACAUCUUCAUAUGGCUCCCAAGUGUGCACACCGCUCACACCACACACACACAUACACACACAAAUUCAGGCAACAGGUACAUGGGCAAGUACAUUCUGUUCAUCAAAUGGUCACUGGAUGUGUACUUUGUGAGAGGAAGUAUAUUAUCUACAGUUGCAAAAAUAUCUCAUGGGAAGGCCUGGCCAGAUUCAAGCAUGUGUAUGUACAAUUACACAACCAGAUAAGGCCUUGUGCACUGCCUGUUCCUUACACCACUCAGGUUAGAGAUGUGUGCUUUCCUGUGUCUAUCUCGACAUAACCUUUUACUGGAAAUACUCGUAAUUGGACGUUCCAGCAAACUGGUACAUCCCACACCCCUGUGUAUGUUGAUACGGACACACCAAGUUCCUGUGCUUCUGACCCCUCACCUGUGCUGAAACAUUUAAAGUGUGAUGGAUCAAAAUUCCUUGAAACCUCUUUUCUCAUAACUCAUGACAAGGUCCUCAUUACCACUGAUAGGUGUUCAAUCUGGUCCAAGACCUCUCUUUGAGAUGCUACCCCCAGAAGCACUCAGCAAGGUGCCCUUCUCCAAGUAAAAACAAACAGCUCUUGGUAGUGACUGCUAGAAAGCUGUGGAAACCCACUCAUUCACUUCAGUGUCCUGCAAUGUUGUACCUGUGCAAUGUGCAUUUCACAGAUGAAAAGGAUAAGAAGAUGCUCACUUGAGCUGGGUAUCGCCUAUGUAACCGGAGGUUUCCAGCAUGGAAGGAAUUAAGACAAUCACCUGUACAGUCUCACAGAAGGCACACCGGAAAUGAUUUCACAAGGCUGUAAUGGGUGCAGGGUAUGUUGCAGAAGGGAUGCAGAAGUAACAGAGUUUAAAUGAAAAUAGGAUGGAACUAUAACAAGGUUUAUUAACAUUUAUCUUGAAGCUCAGGCAAAUGCCUUGCACACAGUAGGUACUCAUAACUGUCUGUGGUUGCCGUUGGAUAUGUGAUGAUAUUAAGGGUAAACUCAUACCUCAUCAGUUCUCCCCAAGUGACCUUCUCUUCUAAGUAAGCCUGCUAACUGCUGCAAUGGUUGAGAUGAAGUUGAAUGCUGCAAGAGAGUACGCGGAGAACCAACGGUCAAGGGGACACGUGUGCCCUCGAUACAUGAGGACAUGGAAACUAGAUCCAAAGUGAGUUGAGAAGAGCUUCUCCCCACUGGGCUGAGGUUGGGAGGCAGAGUUAAUCCAUUUGUAGGAUGAACUGGUUGGUAUUUUGAUUGUAUUGCGACCAUAUUACAGAGAUGGAAAAUUCUCAACUUGGGAUCAGGGUGUGCUCUAAAAUUUCAUUUGCAAAUCUACUGGGAAGCUCUCCUGAAAUAUUUCCCCAGGGAAGCUGUUCUAAACAGUGGCAAAAUCACUGUCUAAUUAAUAUUGUAGCUAAACUAUUAUAUUUAUAGUAGUAAGAACCAAAAUUUUAUAAGAUUGUGUUAAUGGAAAAGUGUAGCUUAUUUGUUCACAUGGGCUCACCUGGUACUCACCUGCCCUCCAGGUGUACUGUAGGCCUGUGAAGAGUGGGCGUCUAGUGGUGACUCUUGUGCCAGGGUUGUGUGACAGGUGACCCUGUGAACCAUAAUUCAGACCUGCACACAUUUUACAGCCAGUCAUAUUCACCCUGUGUGGCCAUAAACUGCCUGGGCACUCAGCCCCCCCUGCCCCCGCCACUCAUAACCCCCUUUAAUUUUCUGAUUCUCUGUUCCCUUGUCACGUGGAGAGCUUGUCACGGAGCCUCUGGCUGUCCCCUUCAUGUCGCACAAUGACCGGCUGCCCCACCACGUCUCCUGCUGCCCACCAGGACGAGCUACCCUUGUCUCCACCUCUCCAUCCUCCUAAACUGGAUGACAUGGGGAGACGUGGAGGCUGACAUCAGCUGUCAUCUCAGCGACAGGUGUCAGAUGUGAUCUAGGAGAGUGGACCACCAGGAUCAGGGACCAUACAAGUAACAUGGUUUCCAUGACAACUGGUUGUUCCUUUGAAUUAAGACAGCAGUCUGUCAUCAUUGCCACCGCAAGGCCCCGUCUCCAGGCACAGCGCCCCUGCUGCCUCCCAGUGUGGACUUGCCUAAGCUGCAGGCACAGAACACCCUGAGCUCACUUCUCAGUUGCUCCCACAGCCUAGGACCCAGAAGACCCCAACCCCGGAUGGGGCCUGCUGUGCCCUACCCCAGCCUCCCCUGACGACCUUUACUGGAGCACCUAGAACAGUGCCAGGCGCACAGUAGGCCCUCAAAUCUCUGUUGAUUAAAAGGACCCUGAGGCAAUUGCUGGUGCCACUCUCUUUUUCCCACUUUGUUCUCAUCUUUUUCUCUGUGUUCUUUGCUUCUCUUACUCCCUCUCCUCCCUGGACCAUAGUGCUUGUCCCUUUAUUCUUCUCCAUUUUCACUCCUUCCCAGCUUCUGUCCCAGAACUACCACUGGCAACCGGUGGGACCUCAGGGCUGCAGCCUGCUUAACUCAUCUGGGGAGGUUUUUCUUCAAGAAUAUGCUUCCCAGACCAGCACAGGCUUGGGGAGGAGGCCCCCCCAGGCCCGGACUUCCGAGCAGCUUGCGCCAGACUGGCCGACACUAGGAGGAGGUCUCCCCCAUGCCCAGCGGGGGCCACAUUCUUAUUCCAUGGGGGAGGAGAGGGGAAGAUGUAGAGAAAGGGGCAUCUCCUCUUCAAGACUGUAAAUGGUCCAGGCUGUAUAGUAUUUGUCAGUAUUUUUUUUUUUUUUGUAAAAUCCAAA